AUGGAAGCUCAAGCCCCUCACAAGCACAAUCAUAAGAACUGGGUUCCCUUGCUGGAUGAGCCUGCAUAUGAACCUCGAAGACUACGUAUCAUUUGUGUUGGGGCCGGGUAUUCUGGCCUCAUGUUAGCUUAUGAAGCCAAAUAUAAUGAAUCCCUCCAAGGCUUUAUCGAUUUGACCAUCUACGAGAAAGCCAAAGACGUUGGUGGUACAUGGCUGGCAAAUCGAUAUCCCGGUGUGGCUUUGAGAGCUCAGUGCGAUGUUCCUGCACAUAUUUACACUUUCCCUUUUGAACCCAACCCAGACUGGUCCACGUUCUAUGCUUCGGGGUCCGAAAUCUGGUCGUAUAUCAAGAGAACUUCGGACAAGUAUGGUUUAGCUGAACAUGUCAAAUUUCAAUCAACGGUGACAGAGGCGACCUGGAACGAGGUGUCGGGUAAGUGGAGUCUGAAGAUUCAGCAUCACAACGAGGAAGUGGAGGAUGAAUGCGAUAUUUUAAUUGACGGGUCGGGAUUCUUGAAUAACUGGCAUUGGCCAGAUAUUCCAGGUCUUCACGACUUCAAAGGAGACAUUGUUCACACUGCGAAUUGGAACCCUUCUAUCAACGUGGCAGGCAAAAGAGUCGCAGUAAUCGGCAACGGCUCGUCCGGUGUCCAAGUACUCCCACAUCUGCAGAAAACCGCCGCUCAAUUGACCACGUAUGUCCGCACGCCUACAUGGAUAUUUGCCAACUACGCGUCUGAGCUUACCAAAGACGGAACCAAUUUCUCCUUUACAGAAGAAGAAAAGAAGGGAUUUCGGGAUAACCCUGCCUCGCUUUGGGAGUUCCGUAAGGAGAUUGAAACCAGCCAGGACAACUUUUGGAACACGUUUUUCAAAGACACAGCCGCCCAAAAAGCCGCCCUUGAAAAGGCAGACGCUCGCAUGCGAGAACGCCUCGGUAAUGACAAGGACCUCUGUGACAAGCUAAUCCCUGACUAUGAGUACGGAUGCCGACGUCCAACACCAGGCGAUGGCUACCUCGAAGCACUCCGCCAGGACAAUGCACGCGUCACUUUUGAUCCAAUUGUCAAGAUCACAGAGUCUGGAAUUAAAACCACGCAAGAGCAUACUGACUUUGACAUAAUUGUGUGCGCCACGGGGUUUGAAGCUAGUUUCUGCCGGUCGUGGACUGUGCAGGGGCGGAAUGGACACCGGCUUCAUGAAGCCUGGAGGGACUCUCCUGAGGCAUAUUUUGGCAUUGCAGCAGAGAAUAUGCCAAACUAUUUUAUCUUCAUCGGGCCAAAUAGUCCGGUGGGCCAUGGAUCACUUCUAGACAGUGUGUUUUGUAUAGCAAAGUGGAUAUUGAGGUGGUGUCGGAAGAUAGCAACCGAGGAUAUCAAAUCAGUCUGUGUGAAACAACAAGCCGUGGAUGACUACAAUGUUUAUCUACAAGAGCUCCUCAAGCGCAUGGUUUGGUCCGGUUCAUGCAGAAGUUGGUACAAAAACCGCAAGAAAGAUGGAAAUGUCACCGCCGUGUAUGGUGGAAGCCGGCAUCAUUUCAGAAAAAUUCUUGAGAGUUUCAGGACAGAAGAUUUCGAUAUUGAAUAUCGAUCGGUCAAUAGAUUCCGCUUUAUGGGCAAUGGAAGAACCUCGAGGGAGUUGAAGGGAGAGUAUCAAGUGCAAAAGUAA